CUUAAUGAGGAUCAUUUGGGGAAAAUUACUCUUGCUAUUGUUUUUAAACUCUUUAAACAAGUAGUUUCUUCUUUGGACAUUUAGUUUUGGAGUGUGGUCAAUAUAUUCUGUCUGCUCAGAAACUACAGGGAGCACUUAAAUGUACUUAAACCUGGCUCUCUCAGCAGGUUUACAGCAGUUGCUGAAUGUGUAGGAGGACAGUGCUUCCCCUGGCUUCUCCACGAUGCUGUAUACUUUAGCGGGAGGGGGCACACUUUGCGGUGUGGCUGCCCUUGUGCUUCUCAUUGUUUCUACGGCAACAGACUUCUGGAUGCAGUAUCGAUACUCGGGUAGCUCAGCCAAUCAGGGGCUUUGGAGGUUCUGCAUUAACCACAAAUGCCAUGCCCACACCAUAAGUGUAGCCUUCUGGGAUGCCACACGGGCCUUUAUGUUGCUGGCGGUGCUGAGCUGCUUCGCCGGCGUGGUGCUCGGCCUGAGCGCCUUCACUAAUGGCACCAAGAACAGGAGGGUCCGUACAGGCGGCAUCGCCCUGGUCCUGUCAGGUUUUCUUGCUCUGCUUGCUUUGGCGAUUUACACUGGAGUGACAGUCACUUUCUUUGGCAAACGUUUCGUGGACUGGCGCUUUUCCUGGUCCUACAUCAUCGGCUGGGUGGCCAUCAUUUUGGCUUUUGCAGCAGGUGUGUUUCAGCUCUGUGCUUACCAGCAAACCACUGCAGAACCUGCUCCUUCAAAUAACCCGGACAGCUAAACAAGAUGAGCAUGCCGAUUAGGACCGUUCUAAUGGAUGUCACUGCUGCUUUUGAGUACCUAGAAUGGAAUAAAUAGAAAUCAUAGACUCCUGUGUGGUUUCACUGCAACUCUGA